CGCCGCGCUCCCGACAGUAGUAAUUUGCGCGGCCCGUUUGCCGCUAACGGAGCUGGCUAGCUGAAAGGACUCGGAAUUCUGUUGUCGGUGAAACAAAUCCAAGUCCAUCUGUGGUUGUAAACAGACUGGACGGUGCAUUAUUGAGGCGGCGAGCCCUUGGUCGAGAGUCUACAUGCUAAAUAUGUGGAAAGUCCGAGAACUGGUGGAUAAAGCCACUAAUGUGGUGAUGAACUACUCUGAGAUCGAGUCCAAGGUGCGAGAGGCCACCAACGAUGACUCCUGGGGUCCCUCUGGACAGCUCAUGGGAGAGAUCGCCAAAUCCACGUUCAUGUACGAGCAGUUCCCCGAGGUCAUGAACAUGCUGUGGACCAGAAUGCUGAAAGACAACAAGAAGAACUGGAGGAGAGUUUACAAGGCCUUACUACUACUUGCAUACCUCAUCAGGAACGGAUCGGAGCGAGUUGUCACCAGUGCGAGGGAACACAUCUACGACCUUCGCUCCUUGGAAAACUACCAUUUUGUCGAUGAGAGUGGGAAGGACCAGGGCAUCAACGUGCGUCAGAAGGUGAAGGAGAUGGUGGAGUUUGUCCAGGAUGACGACCGUCUCCGGGAGGAGAGGAAGAAAGCCAAGAAGAACAAGGACAAGUACAUCGGUGUGUCCUCAGACAGCACUGGAGGAGGAUUCGGCAAGACCAGCCCGGGAGAAAUGUUUGACUCGGAGCCCAAAGGGAAGUGGGAUGAGGACUGGGACAAGAGCAAAGGAGCCUUCCCCUUCAGCGAGAAGCUGGGAGAGAUCAGCGACAAGAUCGGCAGCACCAUCGACGACACCAUUAACAAGUUCCGCAAGAAGGAGAGGGAUGACUCGCCUGACAGAAUCAGUGACAACGAGGAGGACAGGGUAUCGCGGAACGGCCGGCCGUUGUCCGGGUCAGGGAGUCUGUCGGGGGUGGAGUUCAAAGACGAGGAGGAGACUGUUACCACCAAGAGCAUCCAGAUCACCCAGGCAACAGAGACCACCACCACCACCACACGCAAACGGGGCGUCAUCCCAUCCAAAACCGUGGACCUGGGGGCCGCCGCACAUUACACAGGGGACAGGAGCAGUCUGGACGCAGACGACGCAAAGACGUCGGCCAGCCAGACUUCAAGCAGUGGCCUUGCAGACCUUCUGAUGGUGGACUCUGGGUCCAUUCAGGCGGCACCAGCAGGUGGAAGUUCAGACCUCAUCGGUGGCUUUGCUGACUUCUCCUCCCCAGCUGCCUCAGCCAGUCUCCCUUCAUCAGCCGGGCCAGGGUCCAAUGGGAACGGUGAGUUUGGGGACUGGAAUGCGUUCUCCAGUUCUCUGGCCACCACCACCACUCCGUCUCAGCCAAUCACAGACCUGUUUGGUAGCAUCCAGCCUCCCCCAGCCUCGGCCCCCACCCCGCCAUCAGCUGAGCUCUUUGACCUAAUGGGCUCCAAUCGCACCUCCCUCAGCGCCUCCCAAAGCAUGACCUUCUCCAUGUGUGGUAGACAGAGUGUGGGCGCCGCCAACACCGGCCUGCCCAUCUCCAGAUCACAGAACUUUGGGCCGAUGCAGGGGGGCUUAUUGCCGCAGCACAUGGGACUCCAGAAGCCCUCCCUCCCCCCCACAUGGUCAGACCCCAGUGUCAACAUCAGCCUGGACUUCCUGUCUCCUGGUAUGCAGUCGGCCAACUGUAAGCCAAGCCUCAAUAUGCUACAGCAAGAUCCCCUGCUUCCAGGAGUCCAGUCACCCAUCAACCUGGCUCAGAGUUUUGGAGGCCUGAAUAUGAACAUCCAGCCUACAGCCACACCCAUCAGACCGCUGACCAACCCCAUGAUGCCCGCCAGGGCCAUAGGCCUGGGCAUGCCUCCCACCAUGGCAACGGGUACCAUGGGAAUGGGCGGAAUGCCUGUCAAUCAGGGAAUCAUGGGAAUGAACCUGGGCGUGGCCCCCUCAGGCAUGGGCCUGCAAGGCACCCUGGGUAUGCCAGGAAUGGGCAUGGGGCAGUCCAUGGUCAACACUGCCAUGGUGCAACCCAAACAAGAUGCCUUCGCAAACUUCGUCAACUUCGGGAAAUGAGAGCACUGAAGGAUUUGUGUUGAAGAGUAUGUCAGAAUACACCAUUUUGAAGGAAAAGCUCAUACUUGAAAAAUAUCUGGUGUUGCCCUUCAAUCCCUACUUUUGAAAUAUACAGGUAACUGCCAAAAUAAUGGAAACACUUAUAGUAAAUAUUGAAAGCCGGUGUGGUUCCUGAUUUAAUUAAGCAAUUAACAUCCCAUCAUGCUUAGGGUCAUGUAUACAAAUGCUGAGCAAGCCAUUAUUUUGGCUACCAUGGCUAUGUACCCAUAGGAUGACAAUACCCUCAUCCACAGGGCAUGAGUGGUCACUGAAUGGUUUGCUGAGCAUAAAAACGAUGUGAACUAUAUGCCAUAGCCGAGUCACCAGAUCUCAACCCAAUGUAACACGUAUGAGAGAUUCUGGAGCAGUGCCUGAGACUGUUUUCCACCUCCAUCAACAAAAUACCAAAUGAUGGAAUUUCUUGUGUAAGAAUGGUGUCACAUCCCUCCAAUAGUAUUCCAGACACUUGUAGAAUCUAUGCCAAGGUGCAUUGAAGCUGUUCUGGCUCUUAGUGGCCCAAUGCCCUAUUAAGACACUUUAUUGAGGUGUUUCCUUUAUUUUGCCAGUUACCUACGUAUAUUGAACACAAAUAUAAAUGCAACAUGCAACCAUUUAAUUGAUUUUACUGAGUUAUAGUUCAUAUGAGGAAUUUAUAUAAAUUCAUUAGGCCCUGGCUCACACGUGACUGGAAAUAAUAUGUUGGUCACAAAUACCUCACAAUGUGCCUCAGGGUCUUGUCACGGUAUUUUCAAAUAGUCAUCCAUAAAAUGCAGUUGUGCUUGUUGUCCGUAGUUUAUGCCUGCCUGCCCGUACCAUAACCCCACCGCCACCAUGGGGCACUCUGAUCACAACGAUGACAUCUGCAAACCGCUCGCCCACACAACGCCAUACAUGUGGUCUGCGGUUGUGAGGCCAGUACGGACAUACUACCAAAUGAUCUAAAACGAUGUUGCAGGUCUGCUUAUGGUAGCGAAAUUAACAUUACAUUCUCUGGCAACAGCUCUGGUAGACAUUCCUGCAGUCAGCAUGCCAAUUUGCACUUUCCCUCAAAACUUGAGACAUCUGUGGCAUUAUAUUGUGUGACAAAACUGCACAUUAUAGAGUGGCCUUUUAUUGUCCCCAGCACAAGGUGCGCCUGUGUAAUGAUCAUUCUGUUUAAUCAGCUUCUUGAUAUGCCACACCUGUCAGGUGGAGGGAUUAUCU